AUGGCAUUUCUCUGCAUAUUCAUUUGCCUUGCCUUAGCAGGCACAGCCUACACUUGUGGUUUCCCAGCCAUAAAACCAGUCAUCAGUGGAUAUGCCAGAAUUGUGAACGGUGAGGAAGCAGUUUCAGGAUCAUGGCCAUGGCAGGUUUCCUUACAGGACUGGACUGGCUGGCACUUCUGUGGUGGUUCUGUUAUCAGUGACCAGUGGGUCGUCACUGCAGCCCAUUGCAGUGUCACCACUUCUCACCGAGUUAUUGUUGGGGAACAUGACCGCAGCUCAUCAGCCGAACCAAUUCAGACACUGUCGAUUGCCAAGGUGAUUCGCCAUCCCAACUAUAACUCCUAUACAAUCAACAAUGACAUCACACUUGUGAAGCUGUCUACCCGUAUUAGUUUUAACAAUCGCAUUUCGACAGUAUGCCUUCCACCUUCAACUGCUAACUUCCCUGGAGGAAUGACCUGCGUGACUUCAGGAUGGGGACUAACUAAUGCCAGCUCAUCUAAUACUCCGAGCCGACUGCAGCAGGUAGCUCUUCCCCUCCUUACAAAUACUCAGUGCAAGAGUUACUGGGGCACCAACAUUACUGACCUGAUGAUCUGUGCCGGGGCAGCUGGGGCUUCUUCCUGCAUGGGUGAUUCUGGAGGCCCUCUUGUCUGCCAGCAGGGAAGUGCCUGGUACCUCGUGGGUAUCGUUUCGUGGGGAAGUAGCUCAUGUUCCAGAACAACACCUGGAGUCUAUGCUCGUGUUACUGCUCUGCGCUCCUGGAUUGACCAGACUGUUGCAGCUAAUUAAAAUGAAGUUUUAUAAUAUUUAAAAAAAAAUAAACAGAGAUGUACUUA